CGGGGAGUCGCUGCCAGCAGCCUCUGCUCGGUGAUGCAUUUAGUAUAGCAUGUGUUACUUCGACACCCAGCAGAUGGCACUCUGUUUGAAAAAAACAGGGUUUUACCUGCCACAGGUGUGACACCUGUGCAAUCUAAGUAUAUGCAAACACUCCCGUAUUGAUAUGGAACGUUGUGUCAAAAUUUCAAACCAAUCGGUCAAGAACUUUUGGAGAUUUUUGGUCACACACAAACGGACACUUACAUUUUUAUUUAUAUGGAUCAAGACUCCUUGUGCUCUGCUCCCUCUUUCUUCCUGCCCUCUGCUGGUGCAUCACACGGGGCUGGACCUCAGCAGGGGCAGCCUCCUCACCCGCUUUUCAGCAGCCGCGAUGAGUUGCCCAAGGGAGGAGGUUGGCAACAGGGAGUUCUUUGCAACUGCAGCCGCUGCUGGAGACAGCCGCCAGUUCAUCCUCUUCCCCAAGCGUGGUGGCACUGGCAGGGGAAAUUGGGAUAUUCUGGGGUCAAAUCAGAAGCUUUCAUAAUUCCAGGACUGUCCUGGAAAAUCAUGACACUUGGAGGGCAUGAUAGUAAAUGGAACAACCUCCUGAUGGGAUGAUAGAGGCCUGCAGAGAGAUCAGUUGAAUAUAUAAGGGGUGAGAUUAUUAUUUUUUAGGUAGCCUGACCCCAAGCUGCACAUAGAUUUUCACACCUUGAACUUAGCUUGGUAGUUGACUGGCAGCCAGUGCAAUUCUUCAGCAUAUCAUGGUGGCGACAGUCUGUUUUGGUGAGCAGCCGAGCAAUCCGCACUCGGCACAUUUUCUGGGCCAAGUCUACAGGCGAAAGGAAAUGCUGGUCGAGAACUUUCUGCAGCGAGCCCGGCAGUCAAUACUGCUGCUGGCUGCUGCAGGGCGAAAAAGGAGCGGCUGAAGCUUUUGCCCCGGGAACCACACUGAAAAUAAUGAGCUUUUACUUUAAUGUCAGCACCACAGCGCUGUCAGAGGAAACAGUGGCGCAGCUAUUUUGAGAAACCACAACAAUUUAGGUAAAUCAUGCAAGUGCAUUCAGUUGUGUGUGUGUGUGUUGGGGGAAGAGGACUCUAUACAUGUUUUUGAUUCUGAAUUGAAUACCUUUUCAUAUCAGUCUGGUGUGGAGAAUAGUGCUGAGUUAAGUCUGCUUCCAAUUACAGGCCUUUGUCCUCAAAUAUGGAGGCUCCCCAGAAACACAGGUCCGGAAUAGAUACGCCGUCCUUGUUGAGGUCCUACAGGUGGCAGACAGUUCUACAGAACGGGGAGAAGGAACCGGAGUUGAACCACGCGACAUGGGGCAGCAGCAGCAGCAGCCGGAGGGACAAGUUGCAGAAAUGGAGGCGAGUACAAAGCCAGCCAGAGACUGAGCAUUCUGAAUCUAGCCGUGAGCACCCACAAGCGCCAGCGGCCCCCCAAGACAGCAGAGCUGCCGCUAAAAGAUCUGUCUUCCAGAGGGCUUUCUCCACUCCAGCCAAAGUGCCCAAGGCCCAGGAGAGAAGCAGUAAGAUGAGUUUAAGGAAGUACUUGCGCUCCGUGUCCCACCGAAGGAACCAGGAGGGGACCCUCCGGUCGGAAAGGGAGACUAAGGAAGCGAGCAAAGGUGAUGAUUCUACUGUCCAGUUGACCCAACUGACUUCGGCUGUGCCGACGGAUGCAACCAUCUGGGAUGUGGCCAAUGUGUCCCUGGUAGAUCGACAGCUCAUGAUCUUGGGCAGAGAUGAGGAGGGUCUCCUCCAGAAUGGGAAACGAGCCAGUUCUGCUUCAGAGUCAAGUUUACUAUACCCGCCAGGUACCCAGAGGGACAAUGAAAUGCUCACCGAGGGACGAAGCUUCUUAGACUCACAGACCCCUGAAAAAAGACCCUGCCAAGAGGCUUCCUCCAGCUCGCAGCUCAGCAACGUGAAGGGGCUUCUAUGGAAACGCAUCAAGGACCGGAAAGGACGGCUCCAGGCCAAGACUGACUCCUCUACUGGACUUGUUGCUAAUGGUAACAGGGAAGCCCUUCCUGGCCCGGCUGUUCUCAUGGACUUGGGCAACGAAAAGGAUGCAUUGAUCCGCCCUCUUCACAAUAGCCUUCUGGGUGAGCGGUACUGCUUUGAGGUGCUGAGCACUGGGGGGCGCCGCUGCUUCAGCUGUGGCUCUGCUGCUGAGAGGACCCGCUGGAUGGAUGACUUGCGCCGACUUGUCCAACCCAGUAUGGACAACUGUGAGCGGAUCGAACGCAUGCUGAGCCUCUGGGUGUACGAAGCCCGCAACCUGGUUCCCAGGAAGCGCUACCUCGGCGAGCUGCGACUGGAUGGGGUCCUCUACGCUCGCACCACAACCAAGGCAGCCAGCCCUGCUGGAACCAUCUUCUGGGGGGAGCACUUUGACCUGAAGACUCUUCCGCCAGCAGUGGAGCUGCAGGUCUGCCUGGUGCAGGAGGAGGACGGGCAGCAGCGGGCAAAGGGCAGCCCGGUUGCCGGCAUGGCCGUUCCCCUGAAGGAACUGGCUGCAGUCCGCCAGCCCUUGGAAAGGUGGUACCCCUUGGGCAGAGACAGGCCCAACACGCCCGCCCUACGGCUACGUGGACGCUACUGCAACAUCCGAGUGCUGCCCAUCGUGCAAUACAAGGAGUUUGCUGAGUAUCUCACCUUCCACUAUCGGGAGCUGUGUGCCGGACUGGAGCACAGCCUUAACGCCCGGGACAAGGAGGAGCUGACGGGGGUGCUGGUUCGCGUCCUGCAAAGCACAGGAAAAGCCAAGGACUUUCUCAUUGACUUGGGUGUGUCGGAGCUGGACCGUUUUGACGAGCGUGAAGCACUGAUUUUCCGUGAAAAUACCCUUGCCACCAAAGCCAUCGAUGAAUACAUGAAGCUGGUGGGAGGCCCCUACCUGCUGUCCACACUGAGUGAUAUUGUCGCCCAGCCAUACAAUUUAGAGGACAGCUGUGAAGUGGAUCCCAGCAAAUGUGCACCCUGUGACCUGGCUGACAACCGCAGCAACCUGCAGCACAUCUGCGAAGAGAUCUUCCAGAGGAUUGCUGUUUCUAGCCACUCCUUCCCAGCUGAGCUCAGCGAGGUCUUCACCGCCUGGCAGGAGGCAUGCCAGCUGAGGGGCAAAGCGAGCAUUGGGCAGCGCCUCAUCUCUGCCUCCCUGUUCUUGCGCUUCCUCUGCCCGGCCAUCAUGUCGCCCAGCCUCUUCGGCCUCACUCAAGAGUAUCCGGAUGACACCACCUCCCGCACCCUGACUCUGGCGGCUAAGGUUAUCCAGAACCUGGCAAACUUUACCACGUUUGGAGAAAAGGAGGCGUACAUGAGCUUCAUGAAUGAGUUUCUGGAGCGCAACUGGGGCACCAUGAAGUCAUUCCUCUGCAGCGUCUCCAGCCCUGGCAGUGCCAUCCACUUGCCUGCUUAUGACGACUCAAUUGACCUGGCCCUGGAAUUGUCCGUCCUGCAUUCCCUGCUCUGCAACAUCUUUUCUACCCUGGAAGAGCGGACAAAAGACAGAUUGGAACCUCUGCCCACAAUCCUCCGUGCUAUACAAGAGGGGAUACCGGUUCCUGUCAUUGUUCGACUUGGGCCCAGUGCAGAGUACAGACAGGCGGAAAACCAGAAGCCGGGUUUUGUGCCCCCAAGGGAGCUGGGCAAGCACAGUCCUCUGAUCAAGAGCCAGUCCAUGACCAGCAUCCAGAAAGGCCGAGGCAAGGAAGAGCCGCUGGCCCCUUUGCACCCGGUCAAAACCAGGACCAAAGUGCAGCGCACCCAGAGCGUCCCGACUCAGAGCAAGGCAGCCCGGCGUCUCCAGAAGCAGAGGAGCACCGAGCACGUGGCCGAGAGCAGGGAGAGCAGCCCUCCACUUUGUACCUCCUACCCAAAUGGCAGCAGCAAAGCACCCCAGGGGUAUCCGAAGCUCCACGCAUCUGCAUCGCUGCCCCGGAAGCCCACUGUGCCUUGGCUAAGGCACUCUGAAGAAGCAGCUGCCCAGCAAAGCAGCCUCUAUGCCAUGCAGCCGCUGGAACAGUAUGGGAAGCAGGUGGAAGAGCUACAGGUGGAGCUGACCGCAGCGAGGGAGAAGCAGCAACUCUUCGAAGAGCAGAUGGAAAAGCUGACGACCCAGAACCAAAUGCUGCUAGAGGAGCAGGCCAAGUUUCAGGAGCGGGAAGAGGCUCUCUGCAAGAGGCUUGAGGAGACCGAGAGCUGCCUUGUGCAGCUAAGCACCAGGGUGACUAGUGUAGAGGCCAGCUGGAAAAAGGAUCACGAGAAGCUCCGAGCUAGUGAGGAGAAGACCAAGAAUCUGGAGCGCCGCCUGUCUGGGAUGGAGAGGGACCACGACCAGCUCCUCCGUGCCGUCGGCCAGAUGCUGGGAUAUGCAGGGAAACAGUCCAGUGCACCGCAGAAGCCCCUCUCGGGGCCUGUGUGGGUGGACAGGGCUGAGAAUGGGGACGAGACCUAGCCCACUUCCCUUCGCCUCCAAAAAUGCCAAGCUGUUGCAUCUCCGUAGUGGAAACUCUCCUCUCCCAGGAGAGCCCUGGAAGUCUCUCUAAGGGGGACCUUCUUGCACAUUGCUCUGGUGGAUCCUUCAGCUGGAGCCCACACAAGGAGCUUUGCUACAACCUCCCGUGCCUUCCUCUCGGCUUAGUUUCCGGCGCUACGCAGCCAUCGCCACCCUUUCAUCCCCGCCUGAGAUGUCAUCCAUACCACAAGCCCCGAGUCUGCUUUCUGGCUGCAGCUUUCAUCUGCAACAGCUGCUUUCCCUUCUCUUCUGAGAUGAACCGUUUCCCCCCCCCCCAUCCGAUUUGCCCCCAGUAUUUUCAUAUCACAAUAGCAGAGAUGUGGGUGUUUAAAUCUGGACUUUCCCCAACUAUAUAGAAAGGGUGUGGGCUUGUUCACACUUCACUUCUCCCAUGUCUAGAAAGCACGGGUCCAAGAGGUUUUCUACUUGCCCUGUUUGUAAAAACCCGAUUCCUGUUUGUUCCAAUUGAGCGCUUAACUGCCCUGGUUUUCUCCGGGGGAAAGUGGCCAGGAAAAGGCGAGUGUGGAUGAUUCCAAAUUGCUAGGGUUGCCAUACGUCCAGAAUUUCCCAGACAUAGCCAGAAAACUGCAGUUAGAAGCAGUAUAAUGUCCAGGCGUAAAUUGCUUUAAAAAGAUCUUGGCCAAACUUUUGUGUCCGGAUUUUCACUUUUUGAAAUAUGGCAACCCUACGAAUUGCGAACCUUCUUCUUCUUCUUCUUCUUCUUCUUGUGAAUACAGUGGACCCUCUGGAUAAGAAUGUAAUUCGUUCCAGGGGUGUGUACAUACCCCGAAAAAUCUGCAAGUAGAGGCGCCGCUUCUGCGCAUGUGCACGGCGUGAUAGAGUACUUCUGCCCAUGCGUGAGGCGCGCAGAGCACUUCUGCCCAUGCGCAAACCACACAGAGCGCUUCUGCCCAUGGCUUGCACGGCGAAACCCAGAAGAAUACACUCCUGGGUUUGCUGUGUUCGCAACCCGAAAGCUACGUUACCCAAAGGUAAUGUAACCCGAGGGUCCACUGUAUAGCCCAUCAAGCAAUAAAGGCAUAAAAGUGAAAGCACUUGUGUGUGGACAAAGAUACACAAUUGUACACACAGAAACAACAGCCCAAUGUACGCAUGAAUGCCCUAGUGUGGGCACAGCAUUAAAAAGAGAAGGGGGAAGAAACGGCACCUCUCUGAGUCCACCACUUGCCUCCCCGCAUCAUUUUCUCUUAGCCAGGCUCACUUCCAGUGUCAGAAUCUGGCCAGGUGGCGGGGUCAUUCUCCUGGAAGACAAAGACUGUGGUGAGAGAAGUAAGCCAUGAACAGAGAGAGGCUCCAUACCUUUCACCCCUGUAUCUCCUUCGCUCUUUGACUCAGAACCUCCUCUGCCUUCCCCUUUCCUGCAUGAUCAGUACAGAUCCAGGUUCAAAUGACACCUUGUUCAAUUUGAGGCUGAGAAUCAUAGUUUGUGCCUUUCUGCCAGGCUUGUUUCGUCAUGCCUGUAUUAACCCAGCAUCUGCCAUUGAGCUAUGCAAUGUCUCAACUUUUCUUU